AUGAGCAACACAAACGACAAGCUCCGUCCAUCCAGUAUGGCGGACUCUGAAAAGACGGCAACGCCUAGCGUUCAGAACACUACCGACAAGGAGAACAAGGGUGCUGUCGAAACUGUUCUUCCUGCUUCAACAGCGGCUGUUGACGCCGCAGCCCCCAUCACCGGCACUGGAGAGAAGAGUUCGCGGCCGAGCUCGGUAGCCAGCCCAGCACCAGAAAACAACGACGAGGACGACUUUGAAUACCCGACCAAAUGGAAGCUGGCCGCCAUCACCGUGGCAUUGUGUUUGAGCGUCUUCUGCAUGGCCCUGGACAACACCAUCAUCGCAACAGCCAUCCCUCGCAUUACGGACCAGUUCAAGGCUCUGAAUGAUGUUGGCUGGUAUGGAUCGUCGUACCUCCUUACCACGUGCGCGACGCAGCUCAUGUACGGUAAAUUCUAUACAUACUACUCGAUCAAGUGGAUCUACUUGACUGCCCUGGCCAUCUUCGAGUUCGGCUCGCUUAUCUGUGCUGUUGCGCCAAACUCGACGGCGCUCAUCAUUGGACGUGCCAUUGCCGGUGUUGGUGCUGCUGGUAUCUUUUCUGGAGCCAUUCUGAUCGUCUCGGUGACGGUACCGCUGCGCCAGCGUCCUACGUACAUGGGCGUUAUUGGAGGCAUGUACGGAAUCGCAAGUGUAGCUGGACCCCUCAUGGGCGGUGCCUUUACUGACCACGUCAACUGGAGAAUGUGCUUUUACAUCAACCUUCCCUUUGGUGCCAUCACGGCGGCUUUCAUCAUUCCCUUUCUCCAUGUUACCCGCCGUGGCGGAAAGGUCCAGGCUACAUGGCGUGAGCAGAUUCAGAAGUUCGAUCUUCCCGGAACGGCUUGCUUCUUGCCUGCCAUUAUUUGUUUGUUGCUCGCUCUCCAGUGGGGUGGCAGCAAGUAUCAGUGGAAGGACGGCCGCAUCAUUGCGCUCCUGGUCCUCUUUGUCCUUCUCACAUGCGGAUUCCUUGCUAUCCAGUGGUGGAAGCAGGAAGAUGCCACGGUUCCUCCUCGCGUCUUCCUGAACCGCAACGUUUGGGGAUCUGCACUGUUCGGUGCUAUGCUGGGUGCUAGCUUCUUCGUCAUGGUCUAUUACCUGCCCAUCUGGUUCCAGGCCAUCAAGGGAGCUUCGGCAACAAAGUCUGGAAUCAUGAACCUCCCUGCCAUCCUCGGUCUCGUCAUCAUCUCGAUGCUUGCUGGUGGCGCCGUCACUGCGAUUGGUUACUACACGCCGUUCAUGCUCCUCUCGUCGGUCCUCAUGUCCAUCGGCGCUGGUCUGCUCGCAACAAUGGAAGUCGACAGUGGUUCCCCGGAAUGGAUUGGCUACCAGUUCAUCUUCGGUGCUGGUGUCGGUUUCGGUAUGCAGCAGAUCCUGGUUGCUGUUCAGACAGCGCUUCCCGCAGAGGAUGUUCCCAUUGGCACGGCUACCAUGAUGUUUUUCCAGACUCUUGGUGGCGCUCUUUUCAUCUCUGUUGGCCAAAACGUCUUCACCAACCAGCUCAUCAAGAACCUGGCCAGCAUUGUGCCUGAUCUCGAUGCCGGUAUCGUACUCCGCACCGGUGCAACUGAGCUCAAGCACGCUAUUGAUCCUGAUUUCCUCUCUGGCGUGCUUUCAGCAUACAACACGACGCUUACCCAGACCUUCUACGUGUCGGUUGCCUGUGGAGCAGUCUCGAUUUUUGGUGCUGCGUUUGUCGAGUGGAAGUCGAUGAAGGGCAAGGAGAUUGUCAUGCAUGCUGCCUAA